AAAGGUAAUAUUUAACAGCUAAGUUGGAUAGACGUACAACUACCUGCGAGCACAAUAUUCUGACGCUGCAUGGGUGCUGUUGUGAAUUUUUUGGACCCAUAUUGUUGAGUCUUUUUUUUUUUAAUUAUGGUCUCAAUUGCCAAGGUGGUCCUCGGAGUUCUUGGACUGGUUGUUGUAGUUGUUCUGAUCACAGUACCAACUGUGAUUCACUUAAAGGAGGAGCAGAAUGAAAACAUAGAAGAGAAGUUUUUCACACUGGCGGACGUGUUCAACAGUUCCCUCAAACCCAGAUCUCCCAGCAUCCGGUGGAUUUCUGAUGAUGAGUAUUUGCAACGGCGACAAGGCUCAGUCUAUCUUCAUAACGUGACCACAGGAAGGUCCUCCAUCUUCUUGAGCGCAGACAUAUUUGGAGAAAAAGAGGCUUCCGACUAUCAACUGUCUGCUGAUCGUAGAUAUGUGGCAUUUAUGAGUAACUACACAUUGCUGUGGAGGCAUUCAUUCACCGCUUCCUACUCACUUUAUGAUCGGACUUUGAACAAGUUUGUAGAACCUUCUAAACUUCCUGAAGAAAUCCAAUAUUUGGCUUGGGCACCUGCAGGGAAUAAACUGGCCUUUGUGUGGAAAAAUAAUGUGUAUAUAAAGACCAGCCCGGAUUCAUUGCCCCAACAAGUGACAUACAAUGGCAAGGAGAAUGAGAUUUUAAAUGGAAUUCCAGAUUGGGUGUAUGAGGAGGAGAUGUUCUCAUCCAAUCAGGGCCUUUGGUGGUCCCCGGGAGGGAAAUAUGUGGCCUACGCCGAGUUCAAUGAUACAUUGGUCCCCAUUGUGGAGUUCACCUGGUACGGGGAUCAGCAGUAUCCCACUACUAUUUCUAUCCCAUAUCCCAAGGCAGGUUCCCCAAACCCAGAGGUGAAAGUGUUUGUUGUGGACACAGACAAUACAACAAUUAUCUCCGAGGUCCUCGUUCCGGAAACCUUCAGCUCACAGGAGCACUACUUGGCCACAGUGACUUGGGGGACUGACCAGCGUCUUGCUGUCCAAUGGCUAAAAAGGCUCCAAAACCACCUUAUCCUUCAGAUUUAUGACCUCGAGGACUUCACUUGGGUCCCUGUUGCGAGUCAGGAAGUGAAAAGCAUCACUGGUUGGAUUGGACGGUUUUCCCCAUCAGCUCCAGUUUUUUCCAAUGAUAAGACGAGUUAUUACUUAUUGAUGAGUGACCCCAAAGGCUACAAGCACCUGCAUCAUGUUGUGGAGGGCAAGGUGACGGCAAUCACUACAGGAGAAUGGGAAGUCAUUGCCAUUCAGAAAGUAACUGCUGAUAGUGUAUACUACUCAAGUAACCAAGAAGGAGGCAAACCUGGAGGAAGGAAUGUUUAUCGAUGGGCCAAUGGAGAGGUCAAGUGUCUAACUUGCAACUUGGGCGGGGAAAACUGCCAGUAUAAUUCUGCUUAUUUCAGCCACAAUGCAAGAUUCUACCUCAUGACCUGCCGUGGUCCGGGCAUACCUUACAGUUCUCUUAUGGAUAGGAAAGAAGGCAAAGAGCUGAUGCGUUUGGAGGAUAACAAGCAAUUUGGCCAACUCAUUUCUGACAUCCAAAUGCCCACCGUGCGUCGAGAAACUAUCACCGUUGCCGGAUACAAGCUCUGGUACAAGAUGUAUUUGCCACCGGGCUUCGAUGAGUCCAAGAAGUACCCCUUACUGAUAGACGUGUAUGCAGGGCCCUGCAGCCAGAAAGUAGACUUUACCUACAGAGUAAGCUGGUCCACAUACUUGGCCAGCACAGAGAAGAUCAUCGUCGCCAGUUUUGAUGGGAGAGGCAGCGGUUACCAAGGCGACAAGAUAAUGCACAAACUCUAUAAACGUCUCGGAACCUACGAGGUGGAAGAUCAGAUAACAGCGGCGAGGGAAUUCAUCAAAAUGGGAUUUAUUGACAAAGAUAGAAUUGCUAUAUGGGGAUGGUCUUAUGGUGGAUAUGUGGCUUCCAUGGUUUUGGGAUCUGGAAGUGGAGUCUUUAAAUGUGGAAUGGCAGUUGCUCCAGUCUCCAAAUGGGAAUAUUAUGAUUCCAUCUACACUGAGCGCUACAUGACAACGCCAAAUGACAAUCCAGUCGCCUACGCUAACUCAACAGUUACUGGACGGGCCAAGAACUUCCAUUCAGUGCAGUAUCUUCUAAUUCACGGAACAGCCGAUGACAACGUGCAUUUCCAGCAGGCAGCUGAGAUCUCUGAAGCUCUGGUGAACGAGCAGGUGGACUUCGAAGCCAUGUGGUAUACGGACAAGAACCACGGACUUCCUGGUUCUGCCUACCAGCACGUCUAUACCCACAUGAGCCACUUCUUACAGAGAUGCUUCGCAUGAAGUCGACUGGGUCGGUCGGCACUCCACGCAGCACUCCGAAGCAGAUUGUCGCAGUUGAUUACUUUCAUUUAAACAUUGCCGCAUUGAUGGCGAUCAAGUUAAAGGGCGUUUUUCAAGAGGAUGAACGCGAGAGAGAAUAUUCUUGCUAAGAACGUGAGCGAGCGUGGUUGUAAAUUGAAAUGGCUGUGCACUUGUGAGCUGGAGACGCUGGUAUGCGCACAAUUUUGAGCUUUGUCUGUGAAAAGCUAUGAACCUACAGGUGACUUUUCUUUUUUCACUUUUUAUAAAUUUGCCAAGAUUUUAAAA